AUGUCUCAUCACCGCGCAGAUGCCAGCGCUCUUCUCGAUACCCGUGGCUAUUCAGGCCCACUGAUCCGCGGCGUAAACCCAGCGACUCUCUUCGAAAAAGCAUGUUUCGGAUUAAAUGCGGCAACCCUUUGCGACAGAGCGGUUGAAUUAACGUAUAUCGGUGGAACAUAUGGAGUUGGGCAGAAGCCAACCCCUUUUCUUUGCCUCGCGUUCAAGCUUCUACAACUCGCGCCAGAGAGAGAUGUGAUACUAGAAUAUUUGAAUUUCCACGACCCAGAAGCGGAUAAAGAGGAAAAUUCUGGUGAUGGGGGGAAUAAUCCAGGCGCAGAUGACGAUCCGGACGAUGCACAGGACAAAGCCGAUGCGGCAAUAUUAAAAGCUACGGGUGACUUUAAAUAUCUGCGCGCCCUAGCAGCAUUUUAUGUGCGACUUACUUUUGAGCCGGUAGAGAUAUAUAAAACUCUGGAGCCGCUUUUGAUGGAUUAUAGAAAGCUAAAGAGACGCACGAAGGAAGGCUUCUUGUUGACACAUAUGGAUCAGUUUGUUGAUGACUUGCUCACAAAAGACCGAGUGUGCGGAACCAGUUUAUGGAAGAUACCAGCAAGGACUAUGCUGGAAGACUUGGAUAUGCUUGAAGAAAGGGUCAGCCCCUUGCAGGAUGAGCUUGAAGAACUUGACGAAGAGAGUGAAGAGGAGGGCGAGAAAGAAGAGGGUGAAGGCGACAAAGAAGAUAGUGCCAGUCCCUGA